UUCCUAAAGUUUCAAAUUCCACAUUUAGUUGAGCCUCCAAAUGUACCAGUCAAGAAGCCCGCAUUUGAUGAAACCUGAGGAUCUCCUUCAGCGCCUUAGCCCCAUUCACACCCAGAAAUGCACCGUCGGCUGCCCGGUUCUCGACCGCUUUCUCGGCGGCGGCAUUCCUUGCAAUUCAAUAACCGAAUUAGUUGCCGAAAGUGGAUGCGGCAAGACCCAAAUCUCCCUCCAGCUCCUCCUCUCCGCUCAGCUUCCCGUUUCACUCGGCGGCCUCUCCGGCUCCUCCUUAUACCUCUACUCCGAAUCACCCUUUCCUGUCCGACGCCUUCACCAACUCUCCUCCUCUUUUCCCACUCUCCACAACCCCUUAGAUAAAAUUCUAACCCACCCUCUUCACUCUGCUCACCAACUGUUCGACGUAUUGUCCCAACUAGACUCAUUAUUAUCCUCCCGGCACGACUCACCUUCCUCUCCCCCAAUUAAGCUAAUUGUAAUUGACUCUGUUGCGGCUUUGUUUCGAUUCGAAUUUGAAAACAACCCUCGUGAUCUUAAACAGAGAUCGGGUUUGUUCUUUAGGAUUUCGAGCAAAUUGAAGGAGCAAGCUAGAUGUUUUGGGUUGGCUGUAGUGGUGAUUAAUCAGGUUGUUGAUGUAAUGAAUGAUUCAGAUGGGUUAAGGAUUGGGAAUUCAACUUGUUUGUAUACAUCUGAGAGGAAAGUAUGUGCUGCUUUGGGGUUGUCAUGGGCAAAUUGUGUUAAUACAAGAUUAUUCUUGUCGAGGCAAGAAGAGAGAAUUGCUCAAGGGGAUGAUGAUUGUUUUAGUACACAAACUCGGAGGUUUAUACGCGUUGCUUUUGCUCCACAUCUGCCUGAUUCUUACUGUGAGUUUGUUAUUACUAGAGAAAAGGUUUUUGGAUUAGAAAGAUAAAGGACAUUAAGCUUGAACAAAAGGAAUUGAGAUUCACUGCAGUCACAGUUUUGCCUCUCUUGCCAUGGCUACUUUUGCUGCCUUAAGCUUUUUUCUUUUCCAAAUUUUCAGAACUUUUUAUAGGAAAAAUUACAUAAUUACGCAAAUAUUCUCCUUAUAUUUUGAAAUAAUUAUAUAUUGUGUUUAAUAAUUUCAUAUCAGAUACACCUAAAUAUGUAUAUUUUUAUUAGCAGAUACACUCGAAAUAUAAAUACAUAGAGAGAGACGAGUGAAAUAGGA